CUCUGCUGCCGUGUCCCUUCCCCUGUCCUAGACGUUGUCCUCGGCGGUGGUCCAGGUCUUCCUGGCAGACCGGAACGCCACCUGGUCCAAGAGAUGUUGCGGCGUGGCCUGUCUGAUCAAGGACAACCCGCAGCGGUCUUACUUCAUCCGAGUCUUUGACAUCAAGGACGGUAAGAUGCUGUUCGAACAGGAGCUGUACAACAACUUUAGCAUAAAUCCCUCCAGACCAUUCUUCAUCUCGUUUGCUGGAGACUCGAGCCAAGUGGGCCUGAACUUUGCCAGCGAGGAGGAGGCCAAGCGUUUCCGAGGUCACCUGUCAGAGCUGUUGGGCAAAAGGCAAAGGAAAACUGAGAAGAGACGCGAGCCUCCAAAUGGCCCGGCACUGCCCAUGGCCACCGUGGACAUCAAAAACCCCGAGAUCAGCACGGGCCACCGUUUUCACAGCAACUCUCAGAUGAACAACAUCAUGCACUCCACGUUCAGGAAGGAGAAGAAGAACAAAGGCAAGAAGAAGCGGCUGACCAAGGCCGACAUCGGCACGCCGAGCAACUUCCAGCACAUCGGGCACGUAGGAUGGGAUCCAAACACAGGCUUUGACUUGAACAACUUGGAUCCCGAGCUGAAGAACCUCUUUGACAUGUGCGGCAUCUCCGAGGCGCAGCUGAAGGACAAAGAGACCUCCAAGGUCAUCUAUGACUUCAUCGAGAAGAAGGGAGGCGUGGAAGCGGUCAAAAAUGAGCUGCGGCGACAAGCUCCCCCGCCCCCUCCAUCCAGAGGGGGCCCUCCUCCCCCUGCGCCCGGGCCGCCGCCCCCGCCGCCGCCCCCCACUUCCUCCAUUCCUUCUUAUGGAGGACCUCCGCCUCCUCCGCCCCCUCCCCCGCCGGCGUCCUUUGAGGCCAACGGAACAGUGGACGGCGGUUUGCCGCCCGGCGGCAAGUCGGCCUUGCUGACUCAGAUCCGCGAAGGCACCCAGCUGAAGAAGGUGGAGCAAAAGGAGCGGCCGGCGUCCAACACCACCGGGCGAGAUGCGCUCCUGCACCAAAUCCGAGAAGGGAUCCAACUCAAACCGAGGGACGAAACAAACGACUCGCCGCCGUCCUCCCUGGCCCCCUCGGCCGGCAUCGUGGGGGCGCUGAUGGAGGUCAUGCAGAAGAGGAGCAAGGCCAUUCAUUCUUCAGACGAGGACGACGACGACGAAGACGAUGAGGACUUUGAAGAUGAGGAUGAAUGGGAUGACUAGUGUGUUUGGCUCCGCCCUCCCCCACCUCCCGUAUUCCUUUCCGUACCUUUGGAUGAUUAUGACGCAAAAAUUGGUCCUUCCUUACUUUAAAAAAAAAAAAAAACUUUAAUUUCAAAUCACAAAAAAAGAUUUUUUUUUCUAUUAAUUUGCUGUUUUUUUUUUUGUUUUUUUUUUUUUUUGUUUGUUUGUUUUUUUGCCUUUAUGCUUUUUUUAUUAAUCUGUGCAAUACCUCAUUUAAUCUGUCGGACAUUCUCAUAUCUGUUGUUGAUGUUUCUCUGACGUCUCAUGUCCCUUUUUAACCGUCUUCUGCUUUUUUUUUUUUUUUUUUUUCCCCCGCCGCUCGUCAGGCCAUCUGUCACUUUGUCGCCACACAUUCCCUCGCGUCCUGUCACUCUCGCGCUCGUCCUCGUCUUCCCAAAAUAACGUGCAAUUUUGACAUCAAGCUGUCACCGAUCUUCCGGACAAAAUUCUCAGAGGCAGUGAGUUGCCGCAAAUCCUCCCGUUGAGAGAAAAAGAAUUAUUUUCAUACCUUAAUUGUGGUUUAUUUUUGCUUACUCUAACGAUCGUAGUUUAGCAACCAUAUUUUCUAAAAAACAAAAACAAACCAAAAAAAAAAAUUUGGACUCUUUUCGCUUAAGCUGCUGUUUUCUGUAAAUGUGCUCCAGAUGUGAGUCUUGAUGUAUUUUUUUUUUUUUUUUUUUGCACAGAAAGAGAAGACUCGCAUGCAUGACAACAAGGACAUUUUCAGGUCUGUGUAGUCCGUAUCAUAAAGCGCAACCUACGCACUUUGCGAGAUGAGGAAGAAUAUGAUUGCAGCGGUUUAUCGACGGUUAUCGUCCUGUGUACAUUUGCUUUUCGACGCAGUAUCGAUAACGGAUGCAGACUCCCGUUUAAUAAACUGACACUUAUAUUUUAUUUUAAUAAGUGAUAUUUUGUGACACAGUCAUGCCGUGAUUAUCUCAACUCAUUGGACAUAUUUUUUUUUUCUAUUCUAUUAACACAAUGACACUACAUUCAAGUUGGUUUGUCAGUCACGACCACGGAAUCUUGUUAUUUUUUUUUCCAUCUUUUUCUACUUUACGCUAUACAAUAUAAAGCAAAGUUUUGACAUUAUUUGUUGGAAUUGGGUCAUUGAUUGUGUAAAAUUUGAGGAAUAAAGACAUUUUUAGUUUUA